AUCCCGGAAGUGGAGGGAAGAUUGCGAGUGUCCGUGUGUGCGGCUGUUGGGGCUGUAGCGGCGUGGCAACCUCAAGGGAGGCCCCCGAUGGCUUCGUGGGUUCCGAACGUCGGUGCCUUAUUGGCUUUGCUUCUGGUUUCGGCUCCUGGGCUGGGGGGAGCCGUUGCUGAAGACAGCGACUGGGUUAAGCUGCCCAGUAAAUGCGAAGUUUGCAAAUAUGUUGCUUUGGAACUGAAGUCUUCCUUCGAUGAAACUGGCAAGACCAAAGAGGUGAUUGACACAAAGUAUGGCUUUCUGGAUGGCAAGGGGUCCAAAAUCAAGUACACAAAAUCGGACAUUCGGCUGAUUGAGGUGACAGAAAACAUCUGCAAAAGGCUUUUGGAGUACAAUUUGCACAAAGAAAGACCAGGAAGCAACAGAUUUGCAAAGGGUAUGUCUGAGACAUUUGAAACUCUUCAUAACUUGGUCCACAAAGGAGUAAAAGUGGUGAUGGAUAUCCCAUAUGAGCUAUGGAAUGAAACCUCUGCAGAAGUGGCUGAUCUUAAGAAACAGUGUGAGACAAUGGUGGAAGAAUAUGAAGACGUGAUUGAAGAUUGGUAUAAAAACUAUCAACAAGAAGAUAUUUCCCAGUUUCUCUGUGCAAAUCAUGUGUUGAAAGGAAAGGACACAAGCUGCCUGGCAGAGACAUGGACUGGAAAGAAAGGAGACAUGGCAAAUGCAGGGCAGAAGACCAAGAAAAGGGAAGGCAAGGCAAAAAAGCCUUCAAAGAAUAAAAAAAGCCCCAAGGCUGAUCAAGAAACAGAAAACAUGCAACCAAGUAUGGUAGAGAUACCUGGUCAGACUGAAGAAGAAGAUGAUAUUCAAAAGCUGGCUUCCCUUUCACACAGCACAGAUGAACUGUAGGCUCUUCAGAGGCACGCUCCACCUACACCUGUCUUGUGGGCUUGCAAACUUGUAUUUGGACCACUGAGAAUUGCUUUAGCCCAUUGGAGUUGCAAGAAGAUCCAUACUGUCACGAAGGGGAAGUGCAAAGAUGGGCAAUGAUCAUGGUCACUUGAAACUGAAUUCUUCAGUGUUACUGCAUCUUAGCAAAGGCAAGGUACAGGAAGCCAGCUUGUCCCUUGUAUUCUUUGGUGGACAGUCAAAGUGAAGGUGCAGUGGAAGAUGCAGUUGAGCUGCUGACUACCUAGUCUAUGUGGCUUGCCUUUAGAAAUUGAGUCUGCUGCCCUUAUUGAUUCCCUGUCCCAUCCCUUUUGGCUUUGACUUGCUGGACAACACUGGUGAAGGGAGAGUUAGAAAUAAAAAGGAAAGCAUAAAUGAAGACAAUCUGAUUCUCUGGCAGUUCAUUUUUCCUGCUGUAUUCCUGGAUUUGGCUGUUAUCUUACAGGUCUCUAACUUGUACAUUCUAUUAGCCAACUUUUUGGGAGAUGCAUUUAGCACUAUUUUUUCUUCUUAUGCAUUGUGUUUGUUUGGAGGAAAGUGAGGAUGAAGGUUCUGUCAGCAUAAAGGGCAUUGUAUUUCUGUUUUGCUUCUUUCUUUCUUAAAGUUCUUUCAAUAAGGGAUCAAUUCUGCAGCAAUUUCAGUUAGGGGAGCAUUUACAGAAGUCUGUGUUGAUGCUACCAAUCCCUACAAAUUGUUUGUGGACGUAAACAUGCUUACCAUUUCCUGAAGUCCUAAAAAGAAUAAAAAUGUAGGGUAUUUUUUGCA